AUGUCGAAGAGAAUAAUGUGUGAAGUAUUCUGUACUGCUGAGGACUUAGGAAUGGACAUCUUUUAUAGCGAUACGGACAGUAUGCAUCUCUACAAUGAAGAUAUCCCUCGUUUAGCUGAAGAGUUUGAGAAACGUUAUGGAAGAGUUCUCAUUGGUAAAAACCUUGGUCAAUUUCAUAGCGACUUUGCAGAAAUCACAAAAGAUAAACAAAGUUUAGCAUACAAGUCAAUAUUUUGUGGAAAGAAGACUUACAUAGACUUACUCACGAAUGAUUUAAAUGAAGUUGCAUUUCACUGCAGAAUGAAAGGCGUGAAGCAAGAUGUUAUUGCUUUAACCGCUAAUGAAAUGUUUCCUGACUCUGUUCAGUGUUUCUAUGAUGAAGAUAAAGGUUUAAUGGUUCCGCAAGGAAAAUUUGACAAAGACUCUGAGUUCAGUGUUAUGAAGUUAUAUAAAGCACUUCAUGAUGGUCAAGAGAUUGGAUUUGACUUAUGUAAGUCUUCUAGUCCUUGCUUUGCUGAAAAGUUUAACUUCUCAAUAACGACUAAAACAAGCUUUAUUCGUAAGUUGAAGUUCUGA